GAGUCAUCAACAUGUUCUGUACUGGGAUUUUCUUUUUAUUCCUGCACACAAGCCUUAUUAGCUCUGUUUCUGCUGGAAAAGUUUUGGUGUGGCCAACAGAUGCUAGCCAUUUUUUGAAUGUGAAAAUAAUCCUGGAUGAACUUACCACCAGAGGACAUGAAGUUACAGUGUUGCUUCAUUCAGCCAUUAUAUUAAUGGGGACAGACACUAAUAAAACCUCACUAUUAAAAUAUGAAGUUUUCGAAGUGCCAUUCACAAAAGAGAAAAAUGAAAAGUUUCUCGAGGAAUUUUUAAGUCUGUGGAUUUUUGAUGUACCUAAUAUGUCAUACUGGGAAUUCUAUCAAAAAAUGAAAGAGAUGGUGAGUGAGCAACAGGAGAUGGAAAAAUAUAUGUGUGAUGGGGUACUUAAGAACAAGUCAUUGUUAAAGAAACUGGAGGAUGAGAAGUAUGAUGUCCUGAUUUCAGAUCCAUUGAUCCCAUGUGGUGAACUCAUUGCUGAAGUUCUGGGACUUCCAUUUGUUUAUUCUUUUAGAUUUUCCAUGGGCAAUUCAAUGGAGAGACUAUGUGGACAUCUUCCAGCCCCCUUUUCCUAUGUGCCCGGAGCCAUGGCAGAACUUACUGAUAAGAUGUCUUUUGUAGAGAGAUUGAAAAACACAAACUUCUAUCUGUUUCAAGACAUAUUACUCUAUGUUGUGUUUGCUGGCAACUGGGAUGGUUACUACAGCGAAGUAUUAGGUCGCCCCACCACUUUUUGUGAAACUAUGGGGAAAGCAGAAAUUUGGCUGAUCCGGACUUACUGGGACUUUGAGUAUCCACGUCCAAUUCUUCCAAAUUUUGAAUAUGUCGGAGGUCUUCACUGCAAACCCGCGAAACCUUUAUCAGAGGAAAUGGAAAAGGUUGUCCAAAGCUCUGGAGAACAUGGGAUUGUGGUGUUCUCCCUCGGCUCGAUGGUGAAAAACUUGACUGAAGAUAGAAACAAUGUCAUUGCUGCUGCCCUAAGCCAGUUACCACAGAAGGUAAUCUGGAGGUACAGUGGGAAGAAACCAGAUACUUUAGGAGAGAAUACAGUAAUAUAUGACUGGAUACCACAAAAUGAUCUGCUAGGUCAUCCCAAAACAAAAGCCUUCAUUACACAUGGGGGAACUAAUGGAAUAUACGAGGCCAUUUAUCAUGGCAUUCCUAUGGUUGGAAUUCCACUCUUUGCUGACCAGCCAGAUAAUAUGAUCCAUAUGAAGACAAAAGGCAUGGCAGUUAUAGUUGACAUAAACAAAAUGAAAUCCCAGGACCUGGUUGAUGCAGUGAACACAGUCAUCAACAAUCCAACGUAUAAAGAAAAUGCCUUAAGGAUAUCACGUAUCCACCAUGACCAGCCAAUGAAACCACUAGACAGAGCCGUUUUCUGGAUAGAGUUCGUCAUGCGUCACAAAGGAGCAAAGCAUUUGCGUCCUGCCUCCCAUGAUUUGACUUGGUAUCAGUACCACUGCUUGGAUGUCAUUGGAGUCCUGCUGGUCUGCCUUUUCGCUAUUCUUUACAUAAAUGUCAAGAUCUUUUUAUUCUUUUGUAGAAAAUGCCGUCCAAUCAAGAAAAAGCAGAAAAAGCAUUGAUAGCUU